ACUUACCCAGGCGGACUCUCAUAUGGACUCUCCUACCACCAGUCAGUUUCUAAGAUAAUUUAGCAAUUUCGGGGAUUUUUUGCAUUAGGGGUAAUUAUAUUUGAGAGUUGGUAACCCUGCGACCAGCGAGAUGGAACACAAUGCACCGAGCGACGGGAUAUGAAGGACUAUGACGCGUUCAUAUGAGCAUUCAUCAAUGGAGGCAUUAGAAACAACAAUAACGAAUACGUGCCCACCAGCAUUUUCUGGCGUUACUGGAAGCUUCUUCGUAAAAACCGUCACAGCAUUAGUGGCUGCACAUUGCGGUAUAACUGAUGACUAUAGUUGGCCAAAGGAUGACUCCCAACAAAUUCUUAACAAUGAAGUUUCGUCGUUCGAUUUUAUUGUGGUUGGUGCUGGGACAGCUGGAUCGGUUCUAGCAAGCCGUUUAACAACUUUGAGUCCAUUCGGGUCUGUACUAUUGGUUGAGCCCGGCGAUGAUCCUGGAGUUGACAGCGAGAUCCCAGCAUUUUUUAUUUUUAAUCAAGACACAUCGAUGGACUGGAAUUACAAGACUUUUCCAAAUGGAAAUAGUUGUUUGGGAUUAAAGAACAAUAGUUGCAUCUGGAGUAAAGGCAAGGCGAUGGGAGGAUCAUCUUCUAUAAACGCAAUGCUUUAUAUACGAGGUCAUCCCAACGACUAUGACGAAUGGGUAAAGCAAGGAAACCCAAAAUGGAAAUACAACGAUUUGAAAAAAUAUUUUGAAUUAAUCGAAAAUAAAUUCAAACUCAACGAAUAUAAAUACCCGGAAAAUCCCUGGUAUAAUAUCAUUAGAAAAGCAUGGGAAGAAUUAGGCUACACAAAUAACGAAAACGAUGACGAAGCUAAAAUAGGUACGAGAAUUACAAAAUUGCUUAUAGUUAAUGGAAAACGUUUGAACACUGGUAAAGUGUACCUUAAUGACAGUACAAAUCUGCGUGUAAUGAAAAACACUCGUGUACAAAAAGUAAUUUUAAAUCCCGUCACGAAAACCGCAACUGGCGUUCAAAUACGACACGCAAAUGGUCACGUUGUGAAUAUUAGUGCUGAUAAGGAAGUGAUACUUUCUGCUGGAUCUAUUGCAACACCACAAAUACUAAUGUUGUCUGGUAUAGGACCUAAAGAUCAUUUGGUAGACAAAGAAAUUAAAUGUUUGGCAAAUUUGCCUGUAGGAGAAAAUCUGCAAGAUCGUAUGCUACUGCCUAUAUUACUAACUACUAACUUAAACACAAUUACAACGCCAGAAACAAUCAGUUUAUUCGUUUUGCAAUACAUGUUAACAAGAUCUGGCCCGUUUUCAAAUUUGGGAAUAACUGAUUUUAUGGGAUUUAUUAAUACUAACCACUCAGCAAAUAACCCAAACAUACAAUUUCAUCAUAUAUAUUUUCCCAAAAAGGACGAGGUUAUGUUGAAAACGUACUUCGAGAGAGUGGGAUAUGAAAACGAAAUAGUAAAAAACAUUGUGAAGUUAAACGAAAACAGUUCUUUGUUAGGUAUUUAUCCCACUCUAUUGCACCCUAAGUCUAGAGGUAGUAUUUUAUUAGCUGAUGCGGAUCCACAAUCACCACCCAUUAUUAAUGCAAAUUAUCUUGACCAUCCUGAUGACGUUGAAGAUUUAUUAAAAGCUAUAGAUUUCAUAAGAGAGUUAGUGAAGACGAAAACUUUUCGGAACUUAGGAAUACGAAUUGCCACAAUUGAUAUACCAGGUUGUUCUGAUUUUUCUAAAGAAACAAAACAAUUUUGGACAUGUUACAUAAGGCACAUGGCUACAACAAUUUACCAUCCAGUAGGUACUGCUAAAAUGGGACCAAUGUCAGACAAAACGAGUGUUGUUAAUCAAGAUUUACGUGUACACGGUGUUGAGCAAUUGAGGGUAGUUGAUGCUAGUGUAAUGCCCCUCAUCACUGGAGGCAAUACGAUAGCUCCAACUCUAGCCAUUGCAGAGAAAGCAGCGGACAUGAUAAAAAAGUAUUAUGAAUUGAAAGAUGAACUUUGAACAGUAAUAGAAUUUGGUAGUUGAAAUCUUACUUGUUACAAUAUGGUAAUCAGACCGUGCUUCGUACUAAUAUUAUACAUAUCUAUGUUUGGAUGUAUGUUAGAAAUAAACGCAUUAACCACUUAACAGAUUUGUAUGUAAUUCAGACACAGAUAGACCGUGUGCUGGAUUACAUUAUAGGCUAUUUUUAUCUCGGUAAUUUUAACCCAUGGGAAAUAUAGUUGGCCUUAGUGUCAUACAAAUGGCGAUAGGCAUUACUUUAGUAAUUUAGGCAUUAAUCGUAGUGGAAAUGUAUUUUAAAGCAUCACCUAGUAUUUAAUAUGCUUUAACGGUGAAGAUAAAUGUAUUGUGAGCGAAUUAGCAUACCUAACAGUUUUCCAUAAAAUAAAGUGACGAGAAGUGUAUUAGCAGGCAUUAAGGCACCGUAGAAGAAUAGGUCUAGUCUAUCUAAUGAAUAGAAAAAACACAUCCCGAGAAGUGGCGCUGUGUAUAGCGUGGGUUUGAAAUUGUUUUCUUUUAUUAAAAUUAC